GUGACGUCGCUAUAAACACGACCCUCGGCCUGUGAGGCCGAACGGGAAGCGUUAGCAGCAGCAGCCAGCAACAGCCAGCAACAACAGCAGUCCUCAACAACAGCAGCCGCAGCCAGCAGCAACAAUAGCAGCAGCAGCUGCUGCAGGUGGUGGUGGCGGCUGCGGCGGCUUCCACACUUGUCAAGGGUGGUGGUGUUUGUCGUGGUUUCCUCAUUGCGCUCCAAACCGGGAGUCUGCCGCAGUCCACAUCCGAGCCACCCAUGGUGGGCAGAAAGGGCCAUGGGGGAGGAGGGGCUGCUGCUGCUGCUGCCGCGGCGCUGGCGAUGUCUUCGACGCCGCCGCUUGCGCUGGCGCUGCCCGGCAAGGGCGCCGGGAGCCACGGCCGGCGGGAAGCGCGGUACAAGAUCGGCCACUACAGCCUCGGGGACACGCUCGGUGUCGGCACGUUUGGCAAGGUCAAGGUGGGCGAGCACGAGCAGACCGGGUGCAAGGUCGCCGUGAAGAUCCUCAACCGGCAGAAGAUCCGCAACCUGGACGUGGUGAGCAAAAUCAAGCGCGAGAUCCAGCACCUCAAGUUCUUCCGCCACCCGCACAUCAUCAAGCUGUACCAGGUGAUCAGCACCCCCACCGACUUCUUCAUGGUCAUGGAGUUUGUGCCGGGAGGGGAGCUCUUUGAGUACAUCUGCAGGAACGGGCGCGUGGAGGAGCGAGAGGCACGCCGCCUCUUCCAACAGAUCCUGUCGGCGGUGGACUACUGCCACCGGCACAUGGUGGUCCACCGUGACCUCAAGCCGGAGAAUGUGCUCCUCGACGCCAACAUGAACGCCAAGAUCGCAGACUUUGGUCUCUCUAACAUGAUGUCGGACGGGGAGUUCCUGAGCACCAGCUGUGGCUCCCCAAACUACGCUGCCCCAGAGGUCAUCUCGGGCAGGCUGUACGCGGGCCCCGAGGUGGACAUCUGGUCGUGCGGCGUGAUCCUGUACGCGCUGCUGUGCGGGGCGCUGCCCUUCGACGACACCAACGUCCCCGCGCUGUUCCGCAAGAUCCGCGGGGGGGUGUUCCACGUCCCCCCCCACCUCGACGCCGACGCCGCCGACCUCCUCGCCGAGAUGCUGCGCGUCGACCCCGUGAAGCGUGCCACCGUGCGCGACAUCCACGAGCACCCGUGGUUCCGCGUGGACCUCCCCGAGCACCUCUUCCCCGUGCUGGGCGAGGAGCCCUGGGAUGACGACACCCUGGACAUGGAUGCCGUGGAGGAGGUGUCCGUCAAGUGUGAGUGUAGCCAGGAGGACGUGCUGGACUCUCUCGACUCCGACGACCUCCAGGCGCCCCUGACCGUGGCAUACCGCCUGCUGCUGGACAGCCGCCACGCCAAGCCGCUGUACGAAGCUGCGGGGGCGCGAGGGGGCGCCGCUGGGGGGCUGCUGUGGAGCCCCCCGCGUCUCUACCUGCCGCCAUGCGACAGCCUCUCCCCCCGCGAAAGGGCGCAGAGCAUCGAGAGCCCGGGGUCGCCGCUGGGCGCCGACGGCCUAUCGGGGCGUUGCCCGCUGGGCGCCCUGGACCCCACGCGGCCCAAGCACCUGGUGGUGCAGCGCGCCAAGUGGCACCUCGGCAUCCGCAGCCAGAGCCGCCCGGCCGACGUCAUGAAGGAGGUGUUCCGCAUCAUGAAGCACCUCGACUACGAGUGGAAGGUGGUGAACCCGUUUGCCCUACGAGUGCGACGGCGGAACCCCGUGACCGGCAGCACCGUGAAGCUCAGCCUGCAGCUCUACCAGGUGCAGGGCCGCAACUACCUGCUGGACUUCCGCAGCGUGGAUGAGGAGGGCGCCUCCGGGGGCUCCACGCCCCAGCGGAGCGGCUCGCUGUGCGGCGGCCGUCCCCGCCUCUACACGGACCCCGUGGCCUGCGCCCCGCGCCGCACCGCCGCCCGUCGCCACCAGAGCGGCGACGGCCUCCGUCCCGGCAGCAGCGGCAGCGGCGGCAGCUGCGGCGCCGGCGGCGGCGGCUGCACGGGGAUGGCGGCCGCCCCCGGCGUGUACAGCACGACGCUGGCGACCGCCGUGAACCCGGCGCCGGUGUCGCCGGCCAGCCUGCCGCGCUCGCUCGGCACGUACCUGGCGAGCCGCGGCGUCGUCAACGCCUGGGCCACGGGCGACAGCCGGCAGAGCCGGCGCGACGCGGCUCUCGCGCACUUCACCAUCGGCGCCGGCUCGAACGCCGCCACCUCCACGUCGUCGUCGUCCGACGCCGGCGUCGCCUCGCCGGAGUCGUCCGGCGGCCACUCGGACGGCGACGCCGCGGCGGCCUCGCCGACGACGUCGCCCGUCCCGGUGUCGCCGACGGCCUACGCCGCCGCGUACAGCCUGCUCGCCGACUCGAAGCCCGGGUCGCCGCCGGGGCCGGCGUUCGGUCCAGCCCACGGGUCCGGCGCCGCCCACGCCGCCGCCGCCGCCGCCGCCACCCCCGCCCAGGGUGGGCAGCACCACCAUCGAGUUCUUCGAGAUGUGCCACGACCUCAUCAAGCUGCUGGCGCACUGACGCCAGGACCCUGGCCGCUGAGUCUCGGGCGGCUACCGGGCUGUCGGCAGGUGGUGGUUGCCGGUGGUGUUUGUGGUGCUGGGGGGGGGGGGGGGAUGGUGGCGGAGGCGGUGGUGCGUGGUGCGGUGCUGCUGCGUUGUUGUUGCGAGUUUUUCCCGGGGCUUGUUUCUUCAACGCGAGCCGCGUGGACCGGAGUAGGAGGAGGGGGGGGCGGUCACAGUGGGUCGACCCCAGGCAACGCUAACGACAGCUCGUUGAUUUAAUCGGGUUUAUAUUUUUUGUGAUAAUGGGUUCCUCCCCAACUUCGAUGCGAUUCGGUUCACGUGACGCCUGCACAGCCGCCUCCGUUCACCGUGAUGUAAAAAAGUAAAAUCUCCCGUGCCCGUGCCGAAUCGUGGCAACGCGCGCCAUCUCCCGGUGCGCGACAUCCGCUUUGCCAAACGCGAAACGCCAACAUUCGUGCCGUAACUUAAUGUUUUUUUUUAAGUCCUGUUCCGCCAUGCCUUCGUCUGCAGCGGGGUCCGGUCACCCGUCCUGCGCUCGGCGUUUUCGGUCGUUGCGCGUGGCUUGUGGCUCCCCUGAUUAUUAUUAUUAUUAUAUAAAAAAAAAACAAUUUGAGGAGCGACCUUCCCCGUGGUGUUCGGAACAAAGAGUUGGGUGGACCCUGGCGACGACUCGAUCGGUCCGUGUGGCGGGCCUCGGGAGCUGCUUCCUCGCCUCGCUGCUGCGUCCCCCCACCGUGCGCUCCCCGCCCCCCCCCCCCCCAACCUUUUACCGGCUUUACUCACGUGCCAAAAAUUAAUCACAAUUGUGCCAUGAUUGUCGUUCAACGACCAAUCUGCAAGUGGCUUGUCUGCCCCCCCCCCCCCACACACCCUCUUCCGCGACACCGGUUUCUGGUCUUAAAACCUGGUGCCCCGCAACGGGGGCUUGGCAAAUGCUCGGCCACAAACCGGUUGUCGCCCGGGGUGACCUGCCGUGUGCGCGUGUGGUACAGCGUGGGGCAGGAGGGAGGGGGGGGGGAGCGGGUUUGCCGGUUAGCCGACCGGUGGAUGGAUCGGUCGGUUGGGUUUGUGUCGUGGUUGUUUUUGUAAGCAAGGAGGUAACUGGUGUCGUCGGAUAAAUCCCCUUUAGUCGCAUCGAGCAGCUUUGUGCAAUCCCGCUAUGUCCCAAGUCGUUGGUCGGUUACCGAUUUUUAGUCGCGUUCAAACCGGUGAAGUCGGUCGGACGGGGUAACUUUGCUCGCCCGGUUGGUUGGUUAACUUGUCAAGAAGAUUGACCAUGUCUAACGGUUAACCGUGUAAACAUGUUGGCGUCUUGGCUGGCUCAUCGGUUACCCGGGUGGAUGUUUAUUUUCGAGCUCAUUUUGCUAGUUCCGUGGUUAUCUGGUUGCUUCUUGCUAGGUCGGGAUUCUCAGUUCCCCACGUCCUGGCUGGUCCUAGCACGGGUUACCUGAUUGCUUGUGAAACUGACUCAUCUGGUCGGUUAAGACUGCCGGUUUAGUGGCUAAUGUGUAGGUCUGCUUACCUGAUUAUCUGUAACUUUUUGCUUAUCCUGUAGGACUGGUUACUUGGUAAUUUGCAAGACGCAUUGUUCUGGUUCUAGGUGUAGCGCUGGUUACCUGCCAAUGUUUAUAUAACCGGUGACUUGGCUAUGUGUAGCAAGUCGUCUCUUACUUGGCCAAUUGGAAGACCUGAUUAUCUGGAGGACUGGGGACGCUGCAUGGUAGGGUUAGGCCUUUGUAAAGGGGGCGAUCUCUCAGUGAUGGCACAGUCCGUCCGUCUGUCUGUGCGUCUCUCUCUCUCGAACGUCACGGACCCCCGAGGCUCCUGUGAAAUCGAUCGAUCGCCAAGGCUGACGACGACCCGGUGCUCAAAAGCGCAAGGCCUUCUUCUUCAUCCCAAGCACUUUAAAAAACAAACUAAACUAAAACUGUGUAAAUAUUAAUUAAAGUAGCAUCAUGUUUGUUCCCGCACCCCCCCCCCCCCCUCGUUUCUCUUUCGUACGGAAGCGUUGCGACUUGGUUGCCGAAUCAUUUCAACGCAAUCGCCGGCGCGCGGUGAAUCGAGGCCGCCGAGUUGACUGCUCAAGAUCAUUUCUUUUUUUUUUGGUCACGUGUGCGGCGGCGCGUUUCUCGGGGUGAAAACUUUUAUUUUUUUCUACCGGCGUCGUGUGUCUGGUCGAUGCGAUCCACCGCCUCGUGUGUGCACGGCGACUCCUCGUGUAAAAACUCCUAUCAGGUGGUGGCGCUCGGUGUAAGAAGAUCCCCCCUCAAGGCUCCCCAAGUCGCUGUCGGGACCCCCACCCCUCUGAGGGGUGAAACGAACAUCGUCCCGAAUCGAAAUCCUAGCAGCCAACCAAGAUGAUGGACAAAACACACAAAUAUAACCUCCCGUCCUCUAUCCGUUGUCUGAAGCUCAUCUCUUGUUCGUCUUUGCCUCUAUCGCUCCUCUCGCUGCAUCCGUCUUGACCAUCGCCCCCCCCCGGGGUGGGGGGCGGGGGUAGCCCCCCACCCCCCCCCCCCCCCCGCCAUCCAACACCACGACCACGAGGACGGAGUCGUGGCUGUGGUGCGGGAGGCUAAGACUUUGCGUGCAACCCGGGGGGGGGGGGGUUGGCGGAUCGCACCGCAGACUCUUCACAGCCGCCCUCCCCCGGAGAUGCCUCGACAAGUCUCCCCCUCCCCUCCCCCGCCCCCCCUAACCCAAUACUCCUAUUUGUGCGUUCAAGAGGGUUUCCUGUUCCUGCGUUGGCGGGGACGUUUUGGGCCACUUCCUGCCACAGGGACGCUGCUCGACGUCUGAACCUGCCCCGUGAUCCCACUUGCUGUGCUGCCCGCUAUCCUACUCGCUAUGCUGCCCGCUAUCCCACUUGCUGUGCUGCCCGCGAUCCCACUCGCUGUGCUGCCCGCUAUCCCACUUGCUGUGCUGCCCGCUAUCCUACUUGCUAUGCUGCCCGCGAUCCCACUCGCUAUGCUGCCCUGCCCGCGAUCCUACUUGCUGUGCUGCCCGCGAUCCCACUUGCUGUGCUGCCCGCGAUCCUACUCGCUGUGCUGCCCGCGAUCCUACUCGCUGUGCUGCCCGCUAUCCUACUCGCUGUGCUGCCCGCUAUCCUACUCGCUGUGCUGCCCGCUAUCCUACUUGCUGUGCUGCCCGCUAUCCUACUUGCUAUGCUGCCCGCGAUCCUACUUGCUGUGCUGCCCGCUAUCCUACUUGCUAUGCUGCCCGCGAUCCUACUCGCUGUGCUGCCCGCGAUCCUACUCGCUGUGCUGCCCGUGAUCCUACUCGCUGUGCUGCCCGCGAUCCUACUUGCUGUGCUGCCUGCGAUCCCACUUGCUGUGCUGCCCGCGAUCCCACUUGCUGUGCUGUCCGCCGCGGGUUGGCACAGCCCUGGGGCAAGCUCGCUCGCUCGCUCGUCCCCCGCUCUGUCCGCCAACCCCAUGGGGGGGGGGGGGUUGUCGUUGCGUCUCUGCGAGAGUUCCCCACUUUGUCAGCCGCAGGUCCGUCAUGGCCCCCCCCCCCCCCUCCCCCAGGGUCUCGCUGCGUUUUGGUUCAAAAAUCCACCUUGGGGUGGUGGCUGCUGUCGGCUCGAGGAGAGAAGCGGUCUCUCUCCGACAGGUCGGGAGCUAAGGUUGGAGCCCUGGGUUGAGGGUGGCGAUUUGAGAAACAAUUCUUAGAUGGUCGGUUUAGUCGAGGACUGUACACGGUGGUUGUUUUUUUUUUAAAUAUCACUUUUGGUACGGAAUAUAUAUGUGAAAAAAAGAACAAACCCCUAAAUUAAUUGCUAUCAAUGCAUGUAAGAUAAAUAUUGUCUACGAUUUCAAAAUAAAUAUAUAUUCUUAAUGUGUUAUACAAAAAAUGUGAACAAAUUUUUUGCAUCCUAUGCUGUGCUGUGCUAUUCAAUUUACUGGUUUGGAGAAAUGAAAAAAAAUGUUGAGCACCGUUUAAAUAUAACCCCCCCUCCCCCUUUUUGUUUUUAUUGCGUAAUGGUUUAGUCCGAGGGGCCCAGCUGCUUGUGGCUACGGAUGGGUGAGGAUGGAUCCAUUUGAAUGUGGGGGGCACUGGUAUCCCAAAUGAAAGUGUGCGGAUCCUGCCACCUCAGUCCUCUCCCAAUACUAAUCAAGGGGCGCUUGGACUGUACCAUCUCGUUACUCGGUGGGGGGUUGGGGGGGGUUGAUGGGUCACACGCUGUGCUGUGCUUUAUAAAGUCCACUCCAGGUUGUCGGGAUAUUUUUGAAUGUUUUUUUGACACGCGAAUGUAAAGACGGUGAAUUGAUCAAAAAGGGCUUGUGGAACGGUUAAUUAAAAUGCAAAGAAAGUCUGUGUCGUCAUUUCUAUAUUUUUUUAAAUGUAACUUUAAUCAGGCAUCCCUCUCUUGACACUUGCCCGCCUUGUGGCGCUGUUCUCUGGUCUAUCUGGUGGUGAGAGGAGGCCACAUUUAAAGAAGGCCGUCUCUGGUGUAGGCAAAUCCGUUAAAAAAAAACGUUGUCAGAGCAUGUUCGCAACCAAUAUUCAUGAAAAAAGUUUUUUUGUUUUAAAUCGUGUAAGUAUAAAUGUGUCCGUAACCCUCCACCACACGACGCAGCCAAUUAUUAGUAAUGGGAUUUGUCACCGUAAAUAAAACGUGCCAAUAAAGUGACGACUU